CUUCACUGCAUUCCAACUCUCGCUACCUCACCAGUGUACACCUUCAUUGUCACAGCUCCGACAUGGAUCCUCAACACGCUGAUGACAUGGCACGCAUCUCGCUCGACUCUAUCCAAGACUGGCACCGUCUCAAAGCUAAUUACACGGCUGCGGCCAUGAGUGCGUUCGAGGAGGAGCUCUCGUCUGCGCGAUCUACGGCCGAGCGGGACGCCCUCUUGAAGCACUUGCAACAGUUCAUUGACAGGACUUUUGACAUGACGCGCCCCAACAUCCGCAUCAACGGGCGUAACUUCGAGGAGAUGGACAUAUCUGAGGAAGAGGAGGAGCCUUUCGACGAGGGCUUCGACCGGCACAUCUGGGCCCUCGCGCACCAGUCUCUUCAGUGGGACUCUGAGAUUGCCGCGCGGCGACGGAAGCACCCCAGGGAAAUUGAAUCACAAAUGGAGGAACUUUUUCAACGCCAGCGGGAUCUCGACCAGGAGGCUGCGGCAGAGGAUCUCAACGACGACGGCCGCAAGUAUCCAACAGGGCGCGACUUGCCUCCCACCACUUACGAGAACAUACAACAGGUCGCCAUGCAGGUCAACGCAAUAUCGGAGGAGCUGAAGCAGUCUGUGCCCUUGCAGUCGGAGCGUUCAGAACGCGUCCAAGUCGUCGCGGCCGAACUCAAAGCCCUCAAACCUUGAUGUUUGAUCCGACAUGCCUAUACCCGAUGUCGUCGCUACGCAUCGCUCUGUAUCGAUACCAGCCCAUGUACAACACGCCUGACCUUCAUAGAUACAGUCAGCAAAAGGAGAGAGAUGUAUACAUACAGCACAGAAAAAACAACACGUCGCACGCGAAGCAUCCACGCCGACUACGAGCCCCGGAAGCCGCCCCGGCCCCGUCCUCCUCCACCGCCAAAGCCACCCCGCCCUCGAC